CAUCUCCACAGUGAGCCAAGCCUCCGCUCACUCUGAUUCAAUAAUGUGAUCUCUGUUUCCACACCAGGACCGUCUCUCCUCCUGUUGUUCCCCUCUCCUCCCAGGGACGCCCGAUGCGCUCUUUACGCACGCAAACUUCCUUCUCUAAAUAGUUGACACAACUUUUUUUAGGGCUCCUUUUCUCCGACAAUGACCACCAUGGCAACUCCUGCCACUCCGACUCUGCUUCCCGCAGCUCCACUCGGACACCACCAGGUACCGAGCUCCGUCUCUCCGGCCACCAACUCUCCGCCACCCGCGGCCACCUCCGCUGCGUCCUCCCCUGCGCCGCCGGUGGCGCACCCGGCGCUGCUCCACCAGUUCCGGGCGGACCUCCUGCUGCCCAACGGGACCCCGCUGAAGAGCGGAGGCGCGGUGCUAUCCGCCGGGGCUAAACCAGUGUACGCCACCGCUUCGCCCGUGGAGAGCACGCCGCAGAACAACGAGUGCAAGCUUGUGGAGGUGAAAGGUGCCAAGCUGGCCUCGUUCACGGUCAAAGGCACGGAGCUCAUCUGCCUGCCGCAGGCUUUCGAUGUGUUCCUCAAGCACCUGGUCGGAGGGCUGCACACCGUCUACACCAAGCUGAAGCGGCUGGACAUUACCCCGGUGGUGUGCAACGUGGAGCAGGUCCGCGUGCUGCGGGGGCUGGGGGCCAUCCAGCCCGGGGUGAACCGCUGCAAGCUCAUCUCCAGGCAGGACUUCGAGACGCUUUUUAACGACUGCACCAACGCAAGCUCGAGGCCUGGACGACCGCCCAAGAGGCUGCAGAGUGUGACUGAGGGCGGGACGCACCACAUGCUGUCUCAUGGCGGUCUGAUGCACGCUGGGAUCAUACCUCCUGCAGAUCUUUCUGCGCUGGCCAAAAAGAUCAAACUGGAGGCGAUGGCAGGUUACCACAGCAGUCAGCAACAUGGAGGAGCAAAUGGAGAGAACGGUGACCACAACCCGGGUCUGGUUUUGGACCAGUUGCCCUUCAUGAUGAUGUCACAUCCUCUGAUUCCUGGCAGCCUGGCCCCCGCAUCUGUUUCCAUGGCAAUGGGCCAGAUGAACCGACUGAGCACGCUGGCCAGCAUGGCUAACGUGGCACAACUCCAUGCUAACCCACCUGCCAGGGCUCCCACCUCUGUCAUUAAGGAGCGAGUGCAGGACACCCCUUCCCCAUCUCCUUCACUGGAGGAAGCUCAGAUGUCAUCUAAUCAAAGCAGCAGUGUGUCAAGUUCACCACUGCAUAAUGAGCAAACCUCAGAAACAACACAUCAGCUUCAUGACGGCCUGCCGUCGGGUCACAGCAUGCUGGGGAACUCCCCUGCUUUAAUUCAGGGCACUAGAGAGCCAGACGGGACGUCAGUGGAGUACAACAAGGAGAACAAACUGUAUCGAAUCCACACUGACAGGGAUAACAGCUCCUCGGCUGCUCAAACGACCAUGGAGAGCGGUGAUAGACACGUCUACCAGAAACCUCCCUCAGGCAGAGAGAGCUGCGAAAGGGUUUCUUACCACGCAGGCCAGAAGCUCCCAGCAGGUCUCAACCACGCUCCGUUCAUCUUCCCGGAAGGUUUGUCCUCCAUAGAGACCCUGCUCACGAACAUCCAGCAGGGUUUGCUGAGGGUUGCCAUAGAGAACGCCCGGGCGCAGGAAAAGCAGGACCAGCUGGAGAGGACCGAGCUGAAAAUGGAGCUUGUUCGAGAAAGGGAGCUCAGGGAGACCUUGGAAAGACAGCUUAGCAUGGAACAGAAGAACAGAGUUCUGAUUCAGAAACGUCUAAAGAAAGAAAAACGGAGUAAGAGGAAAUUGCAGGAGGCCUUAGAAGAGGAGGUCAAGCUCCGUGAUCAGGCAGAGCACACCCUGCUGCAUACAGCCAACACACACAUAGGCCAUCAAUCACUGGCAGCGCCUGCUCAUGCAGAAUCUGUGACCCAGGACGCCGACGGGAGCAGCCAUGAUGACAGCGGGCUGGACAGCAAGGCGACACAAGAGGCCAGAGUUUACAUGCAAACCACAGGGAGGUACUGAGGGUCAGGAACCAGCAGAUGGACGGAUGUAAGGAGGAACCAUCGUGAAGAUUCCUAAUUUUUGACACAUACAGUCAAAAGGCAUGAUCAUUCCAGCAGUGUCAUCUGAGACACUAUCUCUGCUUCCCCUACAUCAUCUUUGUGGUUUAAUUUAUUGCUUCAAUUAUCAGUGGGGGAGAAUUUUAUUCUGAUGUUGUGUUAAAACUGUGUUUCUUUUUAUCAGUUUUUAAAGCGUUGCUUAAAAUGACCAUAAAUGUCUUUUUUUUCUGUCAGUGCCGUUUGUUUUCGACACCAUUGAUGAAUAUAACCUGUAACAGAGGUGUGUACAUAUAUAUAGUCACCAUUUUUAUUAUUAUUAUUGUUAUUAUUAUUAUUAAAUGAAAAACAUGGCAUGUUGUACAGUCAGUAAAUGACCUGUAUUGUGUAUGUUAUGCAGUAGUGCAGUUUGACAAUACAAACAAUACAGAUCCUUUUUAUUAAACUGUGUCAUUGCUUGAUUUUA